CGUUUCCACAGAUUAUCUCCACGGAGGAAAGACUUUACAUCGAAGACGAUCAUGAACUCUGCAGUCAUGUCCUUUAUUCUUCUGGUUGCCUCAGUAACCGUUUACACAUCAGAUGGGAGAAACUUAGUGCUUCGAUGUCGCUGUGCUCAAGUGCGCAAUGGAGGACUGAGCCCCAGUACCAUUGCCAAAAUCACUAAAGUGCAACAGCUCGCUCCACGUCCAUACUGCAACAAGCAAGAGCUAAUCAUCAUACUGAAAGAUGGCACGUCAGACUGUCUCAAACCUGAUGGGCUCUUGGCAACACAACUCAUCAAGGCAAUGAACAAAUCCAGAGAGAGGCGUUUAAAGGCCAAAGUGACUGCUGCCACCACGACUCAUGUCCCCACCACGACACCUAAAACUACACCUACCCUACAGCAUACCAAUUCCUCAGUGUGAGAGGUUUGUGGGGAAAUAACCACUAAUGCACUGAUUAAAGAGAUUUAAGUAUAUGUCAGAGGAGCCACUGGCAGGUUUUUCCUCUAAGAUGUAGAAUUGAGUGCACAGUGAAAUUAUAUAACCUGUUCAUAUAGAGCACU